UCGGUUGUCGCCGACUUCAAAUCGCAUUAUGUCUGCCCAACUGGAGGGUAACAAUGCCAGUGAAAAUAAUGACAAUAGCGUCAAGGAUGUCAGACUCCUGCUGCUGCCAGAGACUUCUUCGGUUGGCAAUCCGACGGGUGUCAUUUCCCGCUCUCAAUUGCAGAAGAUUUUCAUUGAUGACCUAAGACGGACUGAUGAUGUGGGGAAUGUGAGGAGGAAACGUGUGUGGCGGGUGCCCUCAUUUAUUUUGCUGAUGUGUUUUAUGCAGAUAUCACUGUAUUUUAUUGCUAAUGAGUGCAUGCAAAAAAGACUGAUCUUUAAGCCCAAGUGGAGCGGGGAGUGCUGGCGACUACUGACUUAUAUGAUGCUCCAUUCCGAUUAUUGGCACCUGACUCUCAACAUUUGUCUACAGUGCUUUAUAGGUAUCUGCCUGGAAGUGGAGCAGGGUCACUGGCGCCUGGCCGUGGUCUAUAUCGUGGGUGGCGUUGCCGGUUCGUUGGCCAACGCCUGGCUGCAGCCCCAUCUCCUCCUGAUGGGGGCCUCCGCCGGGGUCUACGCCAUGCUGGGAAGUCAUGUGCCGCACCUGGUUCGGAACUUUUCGCAGUUGUCGCAGCGCUAUGCCCGCAUCGCCGCCCUGUUGAUUCUGUUCCUCAGCGAUGUGGGUUUCACAAUGUACCACUUUCACCACAAUCACAAUCGCAAUCCGCGUAUCAGUCUGGAGGCGCAUAUUGGCGGGGGCGUGGCCGGAAUUCUCUGCGGUCUUAUCGCCUACCGACGCAUCCGGCAACCGACUCAAACGGCCAUAUACUGUUAGUCUCAAAUUAGUUGAAUUAUAUUUAGCUAUACAUUUUAAUUAUUUAAUUUAUAGUUAAUUUUUCCAUCUAUUUUUGUAAUCCCCUUUUAUAUUUAACAAAACUAUUCUUGAUAUUUGCGAGCCCAAAAAUAUGUGAUAAAAAAGUAAACCAAAUUUUUUAAAGAAGUCUUAUCAAGAGGUUAAUCGGAAAUCGAAUAGUAUAAAUUACAA